AUGUCAACCUCGAGGCCAAACCUUGAUGAAGUCUAUCAUGCAGUGGAGCUCAACUUCAAAGGUGUUUUUCUUCGUGAUCCUUUUUCAUAUAAUCAUGGUAAGCCAUUAUUGUUUGGGAUAACUACUAUUCGUAAUGAUGGAGGUCAUGCUAGUUACAUUUUUUAUGCUUUUGGAAUUCUUGAUUUUAUUUCCCGAUAUGUGGACCAUGAUAGUCAAGGAAUAGAGGAUUGGUUUGGCUCUGAGAUAGAAGAAGAAGAUGAUGAUGAUGUCGAUUCAUGCUUUGAUGGUGGUGAAAAUGAAGACGAAAUUGAUAACCUUACAGAUGUAGAGUACCCUGUACUUAGUAUGAGAUUCAAAGAUCCAACUCAAUUAACAUCCAUGUUAUGCAACUAUGUUGUUGCCAAUGGGUUAUGGGCAUCUUGGAUGAGUGAUGAAGCAAGCUUCCAAAUCAAGUCUUUAAAGCUAGAUCACAAAUGUGAAAGGAACUACAAGUUAGGCUCAAUGGUUACUUAUGCUUGGAUAGGGAGUCAUUAUACAAGAGAGUUCUUACUUAGACAAAAGAUGAAUCUAGUAGAUGGUACCCUUUUUGAACAUUAUGCAAAGUUGUGGUCAUAUGCAGAAGAGAUUAGGAUAUCAAAUCUAUGUAGCACUGUUAAGCUUGAUGUGAAUUGUAUGACAGAUGAAAAGAACUACUUUAGUUAUGGACACAGUGUAAUAUCUGAUCAACACAAGGGUCUGAUUGAGGCUGUUAAAGAACUCCUUUCAUAUGUAGAGCACAGACAGUGUGUUAAGCAUAUUAGCCAAAACUAG